AUGAACGGAUACUACAGCAGUCUGACACAAACCGAGCUGAGCUGCUUACAGAAGCUGGUGAUCUACCGAGACCAUGACAUCAUUGGUGAGCUGAGGUCUCCUGGAAACCCAGAGAGUCGAGCAGCAGGUCAAUUAUCCAGAACAGCUCAGAAGAGACUGAUGAUCUUAACACUGAUAACAAGCUGCACUGAGCUCCAUCUCUCCACUAUUACAUUACAUCAACAAGACCGAAAGCGGAAACCGGAAAAGACCUCCGCAGCGGCUUCUGUGCCUGACUACAUUUCCCAUCAUCCCCAGCGCGUCGCCAGUAUGAGGAGGCAGAAGAUGGAAACCGUGAAAAAAUGGAACAAGGAUUUUAUUGCACUUAAUCAGCUGGAUACGAAAAUCCACUCCAAACAAAAUGGCAUGAUCGCCAAGAAUCUACUGAACACUCUCAAGAUCUGCAAUCAUUUACAGCUCCAGCCCAUUUCUCGUUCAGCAUGUGCAAUCGGCUCCUGUCCAGAUCUGAUGAUGAGUAGGAAUGAGCAGCGUGAGUUACGGCCAGCCCCCGUGGCUCUGACCCCACAGCUGCCCCCCAGAACCCACCGGCCGCUCUGCCUGUCAGUAUCCUCAGACAGCAAUGGCCGCUUCAAAGCUCUGGAGACACAGGAAUGGAAGAACAACCUCAAAGCUCAGAUGGAGCAGGCCCACAGCGCUGGUGCAGCCAGCAGCACGGGUUCUCUAGAGCGAGCCUCCCUUUUCUGUGCUUCUGGCUCCACCACUGCCUCCAGCUCAGGCCUCUCGAGUCCUGUGGAGCUUCUUGGCAAAAGCAAGUCCUCUAGCCGGUUCUCGCUCUUCUCGCCACCGUGGAACAGCAGCUCAGAGUCUGACUCAAACCCUCCGUCGCGCUCUGGCUCCAAGAAACUGCGGCGCAGAGCGGGACCAGGGGGUGUUAAGACUAGCCCGGAGACACCUGAACCCAAACCAAGCGGCCCAGAACACUUCCACUACUCCGAACCAGUAAUCUCCAAAGUGACUGACUACAUCUACAUUGGGAAUGUUAAUGCAGCCUAUAGUGGCCGCAUGCUUUGCCGGAACAACAUCGACAGCAUAAUCGACAUGAGCAGCCUGCCAGGCGAGACAUGCCUCAACUUGAUCCCUUGCACAUGCUCGAGAGGCACAAAGCACAGCUGGUCGCGUCUGAAAGUGCACAUGGAGGAGCCAGGAGAGCUGGGUGAGGAUGGAGCAGAGCUGCACCAGCGUUGCUUUGAUGCCAUCAAUGAGUGCAUCGAUGCCUCGGCAGGAAAGAGGAAGCGAGUGCUGGUUCACUGUCGCGAUGGCUUCUCACUCGCUCCUACAUGCGUCAUCCAGUACCUCAUGAUCAAGCACAACAUGAGGCUGAUCGCUGCGUAUGAGCUGCUCAGGGCCAAGCACCCGGUCAACAUCCGCGAGUGCCACCAGAAUGCUUUAGUAAGUCUGGAGAGGACACUUCGACCUGGAGGAAACACAGACCCUGAGUGCUUCAAACAGGCCAUCUCACGCAAGCUAGCUUGGACCUAAACAUACACCCCAUGCAUUUCUUUUCAGCCUCAUACUGAUUUAUCGGGUACACUUUUAUGACUGGCAGCUUUGAGCUAAUUACUGAUCCUAGUGAUUAGACACUGGCUAUUCAAAAAGAUUCAUUCAUUCGUUAAAAAAAACAAACAAAAAAAAAGCAAAACUUCUUCCAGACUAUAUCUGAGAUGGAAAAACUUCAGAUCAAGUACUGUAUAGCUGCUAAACAGGAGAGCCGGAGUAAAAAUGUGUCUGCUCAAGUGUUAAAAACAGACUCUGGUGCUGAAGACUUGUGUACAUGAGGGUUGCAGCCAUAGUAUUGCUAUAUUUUUCUUUCAGGGCAGCGUGACGGGAAAUCUCAGGAGACCCAGUGAUGUCAAAUCAUGUCUACUGGAUGGGGAGUGUAAAGCUUCUCUAAAAUUGACUACCUUUGAAUAGUGGAUUAGCAUCAGUCUAGUGCCAUGUUUCCCAACUCAAUCCUUAGGAACCUCCAGACUCUCCAACUUUAGGCUUUCUCUUAGCUAGCAACAAACAAACACAAACCAAGCAGAACACACAAUACCUGGCACAGCUGUGUUGGGAGAGAGCAGCAACGUGGACAGUCUGGGAGGUUUGGGAGACACUGAUCUAGCAUCAUGUCUUUAACUGAUGCUGUUGUAAAAAUGAACCAACGUUGAAUCUGGACCAUUUUGGUAAUCCAUGCAUUUUUCAGAGGCAGUGGACAUAAUUAAUUUUUGUAGGUAAGAAUUUUCCUCUAUGAGGAAUCUGGUCACAACAUGUUCCCAGUCAUGUGAUUAUCACCAUCCUUUCAAGUUUGAGUGCAAAAGUUUGCAUAACCUUAGCACAAAGUAUCUGAAGACAUUUAUACCAUGGCAUUUUAACAGUUUCUUUCAUUGUCACUAGUAACAAAAAAUACAGUGAUCUAAGAAAAUAAGAUAUUCAGAAAAGAAAAUAUUCUCCAAGAACUCAUUUACCUUUCUAACGUAUUUGCAAAUUUUGCAUUCCUGCCAUAAUAAAAAAUAUUAUUCAUGAUGAUAUUCCUGUCACUCCCUACCAUGCCAUGCAGGUUGCCAUGUUUUUUUUUAAAAUACCUCUGCACAGAUCAUAUUAAGAGGGUCUUCCUUUCGGUUCCCAAACUUUUUUGCAUGUAGAUACCGAUAUGAAAUAGUGGUACUUUUUCCACUAUUUAGAACAAUGCAAGAUGCAAACUGUUGCACUCAACUUGAGCUUUGUGCUUGGAAAGUGAGAUAUCUUGUGUCUGGUACCAACUAGUAUAUAUAUUUUUGGGGUUGUCACCAUUAGUAGUAUGGAUUUUGACUGACUUGUGAAGUACUGCGAAGCCGUUUUUUAUUGCACUAACUAGACGUUGUAAAGAAACUGCACAGGUGAAAUGUUUGAAACUGACAUGCCACUUCUUCAUUGCUCAGCACAGAUAGACUUUACUAUUUUUAGAUGAAUAUGAUGCAGAUGCUUCCUGUGUACUGAUUAUUAAUUGAUGCUAGAUUACUCUGUUGUGUUUUAAUUCACCGUGUAGGAGAUCUAAUCAUCCUCGUGUGUAGUAUUGCUUAUGCUUGUGUACAGUAAUUAUUCUAUUUUAAUAUUUUAGUGAGCAGUGUGCUGAGGUGGUGCGUUCCUGAGUUUUUGGUGCCUUUGAACUCGUCCUGCGUGAUUGUAUUGUGAGACUCACACUAUGUAUGCAGUUGUCAGGCACUGACAAUGUUUUUAUACUCUGGAAUAUUCUGUACAAUGGCUAAUCCUUGUCCUGCUGCCAGUUCCUGCAUUGUGGUGUGUGGCAGGACACAGCUCAGUUCAGUAAUGUGAAGGUUUUGUUGCAGUGGUCAUUCUGUGAGCAGUGCCAGUGUUUUCAACCCUUGUGGCGAUAACUAGUGCAUCUCUGUCUGACUGAUCGUAAAUCCUCUCCACUGCUAUGCUCCUCUCCUAAAAACAUUAUCCACAGUCUAAUCUAUAUAUAUAAAAAAAAUAUAUAUAUAUAUAUGGCCUAACUACAGUGCUUUCUUUUGCUGUAUAUUUCUAACAGUUUGACUUGAUCUCAGGUGAACUUAAAUUAUAAUGUUCUCUGUUUAAACUAGAAAACAGAACAAUGUUGCAAUGUAUUUUCUGUAUCAUGUUUUUAAAGUCUUAUGCAUUUGUAUAUGUAGAUAUUAAAGAAAACACUCAGUUCA